ACACCUGAUUGUCAAUAGACUAGUUAUGUCUGCUGUUAGCAUAGAAGAAAGAAGCUCAGAUAUGGAGACUGAAGAUAAAAAUGCUGGUGUCUCCAGCAGUCAUGAACUCUCUACCUGCGUACUCCGGUGCUAGAAUAUCAGGCUGUUGGACACUAACAUCUGAUGGCAGUGGCAGUGGUGAGGGGUCACUGGACAGACUGCUCCCCUCCAUGACCACCGGUCUUUCCCCAAGGAAGAGGACCACAUCUCAGUGUAAGUCAGAGCCCCCCCUGCUGAGGACCUCCAAAAGAACCAUCUACACAGCUGGACGCCCGCCCUGGUACAACGAACAUGGUACACAGUCAAAAGAGGCCUUUGUCAUUGGUUUGUGUGGUGGGAGCGCUUCGGGAAAAACCACAGUUGCACGGAAAAUCAUUGAAGCACUUGAUGUUCCAUGGGUUGUAUUACUUUCAAUGGAUUCAUUUUACAAGGUCUUGUCAAAGGAAGAGCAGGUUCUUGCAGCCAGUAAUGAUUACAACUUUGACCAUCCGGAUGCCUUUGACUUCACUCUGCUUACACACACACUGCGCAAACUCAAGAAGGGAAAGAGUGUAAAGAUCCCUGUGUAUGACUUUACUACACACGGGAGACAAAAGGACUGGAAAACAGUAUAUGGAGCCAGUGUUAUCAUCUUCGAGGGAAUCAUGGCCUUUACAGAUAAAGAGCUCUUGCAGCUUUUGGACAUGAAGAUUUUUGUGGACACCGACUCAGAUAUACGGCUGGUACGGCGUCUCAGAAGGGACAUCACAGAAAGGGGCAGAGACAUUGAAGGAGUUAUUAAACAGUACAACAAGUUUGUGAAGCCUGCCUUUGAACAGUACAUUGAACCCACCAUGAGGCUAGCUGACAUUGUGGUCCCACGAGGUGGUGGCAAUAUGGUGGCUAUUGAUUUAAUAGUGCAGCAUGUUCACAGUCAGCUUGAAGAGAGGAAACUUCGAUGGGAUAUGGCAGCCCUGGCCUCUGCACACCAGGCCCAACCCCUCCCCCAGACCCUCAGUGUGCUGGAGAACCCACAAGUCAGGGGCAUGCACACCAUUAUCAGGAACAAAGAAACCAGUCGUGAUGAGUUUAUCUUCUACUCCAAGAGGCUGAUGCGACUGCUGAUUGAACGAGCACUGUCGUUCCUCCCAUCACAGGUCCACAUAGUCCAGACUCCGCAGGGAGAGGAUUAUGAGGGCCGCUCCUUCAAUGGGAAAAGGAUCACAGGUGUGUCCAUCCUGCGGGCUGGGGAGACCAUGGAGCCUGCUCUGAGGGCUGUUUGUAAAGAUGUACGCAUUGGCAAGAUCCUCAUCCAGACCAACCAGGACACAGGAGAGCCAGAGCUUCACUACCUGCGCCUCCCCAAAGACAUCAGUGAGGAUCAUGUGAUCCUGAUGGACUGCACUGUGUCAACCGGGGCCGCCGCCAUGAUGGCCGUGCGUGUGCUGCUGGACCAUGAUGUUCAGGAGGAUAAGAUCCUGCUGGUGUCUCUGCUGAUGGCGGAGAUGGGAGUGCACUCAGUGGCCUACGCUUUUCCACAGGUUAAGAUCAUCACAACCGCUGUGGACAAGAAAGUCAACGAUCUGUUCCACAUUAUACCGGGCAUAGGAAAUUUUGGGGACCGGUACUUCGGGACAGAUGCACCCCCAGACUGGAGCGAUGAGGAGAUGGACGAGCCUAGUUACUGAACAAAUUAACAAAUAACUUUUUUGACCGAAACUUGACAAAAUACAUUAGAACUUUACAGAAAGACUUUUUUUAGACACAAAACGUGCCCUUACGAGGUUGCAGCUGUGAUUGUGAGACCAUUUUAUGUAUGUUGAAUGUUAACUGAAAUGAUAAUAUAUAUUUUACCGGAUGUAUGUUGAUGUGGAAAAAACAUUUUAUUUGAUUAUUUAUAUGUACAGUCUGUUGUUGCAUAAAACAUGCUUUUUAAACCGUGACAAUCAUUUUUACUUUGCCAGUUUAUUUUAAAGACCUACCUUGCCUUAAGCUAUGUGCUAUGACAACACUGAAUGUAAAUGUGAUUGCACCAGAAGUAAAAAAGUUUAUUUUGUACAUUAUUGCACCUGUCUCAACUUUCACUAAAUGGCUGUUGCUUCUAUUGCCACAAGCAUUUUCUCAUGGACCAAUCAAUCGGAAAAUGCGUGGGUGUUUUUGCCUUUUUUAGCUGAAUCUUCCUUCUGUGGAUGUUGACCUGACUGUAGCUAUGUUUCAUUAUACAGCUUAAGUAUGCACUCACAUUUAUGCAGCGAAUGAAAUAUUUACAUAUUUUCACCAUGGAUAAACCUGAGCACAUGACCGGUCCACGGGCACAUUCGCUGCUGAGAAAAUGGGUCAGUGACAUUUAACAAACACUGAAAAACUUAUUUUCUUGUGGUUUUGACAUGGUGGUGUAUAAGUCUAACUUCAGCUUCGGUCUAAGCCUGUCAUGAUAACGUAACUUUGAAAUGUGGUAUGUGGCUGAAGAAAAUAUAGAUGACAAACGAUAGUCAUAGAAGUAUAUAAUUACAUUUUCAAACCUCAAAUUUCACUGUAAUUCAGAAAAAUAACUACAACAUCCUCACAGUACAAUAAAGCAAAAAAGUACCACUAUAAAUACUAACCCCCAAAAUGAUUGUUCCACCUGUCAUAUAUACUGAACAAUAAGUCAAUACAGUAUUUUCAUGACCGGCCUACCUGUGACAGUAUUGUUUUAUCAAAAUACCUGUCUGCUCGAAAGGUUUGCAUCAUAACUGUUUUUGUAAUUAGUUGUGGUUGCAUUCCUCUGUUCUCAUGCAGAUUAUAUUAAAUGUGUAAUAUACUGUAAUAUUGUAUUAUACUGUAGUCUGUCCUUGUUGCUUUUUGGCAGGGGUAGAAGAAUUGCUCAAAAUCUGUAUAAAGGAUUGUGUAACCAAAAAAAUGUUUGAGCAUAGUAUAUUUUUCCACCAAACUUUGUGUAACAGCAUGCUCUACAAAAAGCUAAAAGUGUACUUAAGUUGAUCGAGUAAGGGUUUCUAUAACCUGACGCCAUCGUUUUCAUAUUUUGACUGUGAUUGAAUGCUCACUGCUGCUGUUGUAUGUACAGAUAGGAUUUUACAAAGGAAAAUAAAAGUGCAAUAUUUGGUUUUAA